GUGUUUGUGUUCAGUCUGUUGUAAGAGGGACCGCUGCAAUGAUUUUCGACCUGAACUCUGUGAGCCUGGCUUUGGUUCUGGGUUUGAUCUUUCUGGUUCUGUUUGAGGUGAUGAGGAUUCAUUUCAGCAGAGCCCGAACUCCACCUGGACCCACACCUUUCCCUUUUGUGGGAACUUUACCACAUUUCAUAAAAGACCCAAUGGGAUCUAUCAGAUCACUCAAUCAGUAUGGAGAAAUGACUACUGUGUACGUGGGAAGAAAGCCAGCAAUAAUCUUAAAUUCACUCCAGAUCUCCAAGGAAGCCCUGGUCCAAGAGGCUUCAUCUUUUUCAGGAAGACCAUUUUUACCUGUUAUAGACUGGGUAACUAAAGGACUCGGAAUUUUAAUGACGAAUGGUCACUCGUGGAAACAGCAGAGAAGGUUUGCUCUCCACACGCUCAGAAACUUCGGCCUGGGAAAGAAAUCUGUUGAAGAGCGUGUGUUAGAUGAAGGCCAUUACCUGGUUACUGAGAUGCUCAAAGAUGAAGGAAAGGCAUUUGACCCGCACCAUGCCGUACAGAAUGCAGUUUCCAAUAUAAUCUGUUCCAUCGUAUUUGGAGACCGCUUUGAAUAUGAUAACAAACGCUUCGCAUACCUUCUGAAAAUCCUCAAUGAAAACAUCAUGCUAUCCACCUCACCUUUAGGACAGGUAUUCAACAUGCUUCCUUUCAUCAAGCACUUUCCUGGACCACACCAGAAGAUCUUUCAGAACGCCAAUGAGUUACUGAAUUUCCUUCAUCAGGAAGUUAAAGAACACAGACAAACUUUGGAUCCAGAUAACCCACGAGAUUUCAUUGAUGCCUACAUGCUGGAGAUAGAAAAACAAAAGUCACACGAGGACUCAACGUUUCAUGAGGAGAACAUGGUUAUGUCAGCAGCCGAUCUCUUCUUGGCUGGAACUGACACUACGGCGACCACCAUUAGAUGGGGACUCAUCUUCUUGAUGGACAACCCAGGUGUACAAGAGCGAUGUCAUAAGGAGAUUGUUCAGGUGUUGGGUUAUGAUCGUCUGCCCAGCAUGGAUGACCGUGACAAACUUCCUUACACAUACGCCACUGUUCAUGAGAUUCAGCGCUGUGGUAACAUUGUUCCUCUUGGUGUAGUUCAUGAAACCACACAGCCAACCAAACUAAGAGGAUAUGACAUUCCCAAGGGAACUAUGAUCUCAACAAACUUAACAGCAAUUUUCAACGAUAAGAUGAACUGGAAAUGUCCCGACACUUUCAAUCCAGAGAAUUUCUUAGAUGAGAACGGACAUUUCCACAAACCUGAGGCGUUCAUCGCUUUCUCAAUGGGUCCGAGGGUUUGUCUUGGCGAGACCCUUGCAAGGACGGAGCUUUUCCUAUACGUUGUGUCUCUACUACAGCGGAUUUGUUUCUCCUGGCCACCAAACUCACAGCGUCCAGACAUGGAUGGUAUAGUAACUGCGUUGAGACACCCUCAUCCCUUCAAAAUCAUCUGCCGUAGCCGAGAUGCCAAAGAUUGACCAUCAGUGACCCGACCCAACACGCCAACAGACAGCUGAAGAACACUGAAGUCUAUCUCAGACUCUGAAAAGAUAUCUUGUCAAAGGUCCUCACGAUUGUCAUAGGUCCACAACAAAAAUAAAAUGUUAAAAAAAUAAAAGCAUCCUUUUUUUCCC